CGAACGAUCAUUAUUCCUUUCACUUCUAGUAAUGCCGUUGCUAUACAUUCAUUCAAGGAGUUUGGAGUUAAUAAUAAAAAAAACUACGGCUUCCACUCUGUUAAGAAGCAUUCAAACCGUCCCAUUAUUGUUAUAUCCAAGUGCCUUCUUUAGAAGAAAGAAUGGUGCCUUGUACUGGACGAUGAAAAGCAGCAGCGUCACACAAACUCAAACAGCCAUACAAGAAAAAAAGCAGAACCCGCAAAUCAAAGCUUCUACCCUAACUCAGACCAAAACUAUUGAUAAACUUAUAAAAGACUAUGAGGCAAUCAUUGGUAUAGAAACCCAUGUCCAGCUAUCCACUUUAACCAAAGCCUUUUGUGGAUGUCCAUACAACUAUGGAGCUCAACCAAACACAAGUAUCUGCCCUGUUUGCAUGGGGUUGCCAAGUGCUUUACCAGUUUUGAACUCCAAAGUCAUUGAAUUUGCUGUGAAAUUAGGUCUUGCGCUUAAUUGCAAGCUGUCUUUAAACUCAAAGUUUGAUAGGAAACAGUAUUUUUACCCUGACCUUCCAAAGGUUUACCAAAUAUCUCAGUUUGAUAUACCAAUCGCAACCAGUGGUUAUGUUGAUUUGGAUCUUCCUGUGGAAUUUGGUGGUGGGCAUAGGAGGUUUGGCAUUACAAGAGUUCAUAUGGAAGAGGAUACUGGGAAGCUGCUUCAUUCAGGAAAUGGGGGUUAUUCUCAGGUUGAUUUGAAUAGAGCAGGGGUGCCUUUGCUUGAAAUUGUUUCUGAACCUGAUCUGAAAAAUGGUAUUGAAGCUGCAGAGUAUGCAGCUGAAAUACAGAGGGUGGUCCGCUACUUGGGAAUUAGUAAUGGUAAUAUGAAGGAAGGAUCACUUCGCUGUGAUGUAACAAUUCGACCAAUUGGACAGUCAGAGUUCGGGACAAAGAAAACAAUUACAAUGACGAAAAAGGAGCGGCUUUCCAAUUAUCGAUAUUUUCCAGAACCAGACCUUCCAGAAGUUAUUGUCAAAAAAGAGUCGCUGAACAACAAUUGCCAAGGGUGCUGAUGUGAGGCUGGCUACCAACUGGAUAAUGGGGGAUAUUGCUGCCUAUAUGAAAAAUGAGAAAGUCUCUAGAAAUGAUAUUAAACUUAAACCCCAUGAGUUGGCUGAGCUUAUAGCUUCUAUUAUAGGUAGGACCAUCAGUGGGAAGAUUGGGAAAGAGUACUAUUCGAGCUCAUGGCCAAAUGUGGAACUGUUAAGGGACUGAUAGAAGAAAAAAAUUUGGUUCAGGUGACAACAAAUAACAUAUCAUUCAGCUGUGUGAUUGAUUACCUUAGUGCUUCAAUUGUCGAUUGUCUAAUGAGUUGGUCAUGGUGUUGGCAAAGCUUAGAAGCUUAGCUUGUAAACGCAAUGUGCUCUAUGGUUGUGGAAAAGGCUGGAGGAGGUAUCCGCCAAGCCAAGCCAAGCCUUAUCUGUGGUUCAGUUUCUUAACACAUGUAACAGUGUGAGAUGAGUGUAAUUUCAGUGAUUGAACAUGGCAUAAAUGUCUUAUGGAAAUCAGGAGAGGAACACUAUUUUAGUUCAAAUAGGUGGGUUUCUCACAUGUUUCAAUAUAACAGACAGUAGAUCCUGCUCAUAUUGAGAAUAUGGUAGAUAAAGUGCUUUCAGAGAAUCCAAAUCAGUUGGAACAAUACCGAGCCAGAAAAACUAAGAUGCAAGGGUUUUUUGCUGGCCAGGUAUACAAACCAUUACAAGGUGAUGAAAUUAUCAGAAGGUAAGGCCAAUCCAGGACUUCUGAACAAGAUCCUUCAACAGAAACUGAAUGCCACAAGUUGUAAGACUCUGCAGGUGGUGGUAUCUUCAUGAGGAUCCUGUUUCAUACAGCAGACACUAAUUAUAUUCCAUCAUGAUUCUUGUCUUCCUUGGGUUUAGGCAGAGAAUGCGCUAAGAAUGGUGGCUUUGUCCACAAGUGGGAAGCCACUACUGUUACAAUGAUUUGAUUUUAUUGUCAAUGGGAAUUCAAAAAAGUUCUGCUCAUGAACCGUAGUCUACACCGGGUGUUCGUUUGAGCUUGGAGGGGUGGCCGAAUCAGCUUUACAUUAUUGACUGGCACUGAUUGAGGUGCCUUUUCAUUUUUAUAAUUACUAUAUUUUCCCAGCUUUAGCAUACAGAAGAAUACUGAAUGGGAAUACCACUGAUAUGACUUGUAUAUUCCCAAGUUAUUGUUUUAACUUGUAAAAUCCAGAUGUUAUAGUUCAUUUCUAGUUCUUGCCUGGAAUGUGAGCAAGGCUGCUAAUACGAGUCCGAUGUCCUCUGCAGCAAUCAGAAAUUGAAUCUGUAUAUCUAUACAUAACUCUGCACGUCGAGUUCCAGA